AUGUGCAGACACGCAAGCCAACCACACACACGUAACCAAGAAACAACGCACAUAGACAACGUAGGGAAAGGACCCUUCAACACUGGUAGCGCUCGCUACACGGACCUCCCCCACCACCUCAGGGACUACAGUAUGGGGGAGCGCAUUACGGUGGCUCUGCGAGUGCGCCCGUUUCUGCCGCAUGAGGAUGAGCCCAGCUGCGUGGUGGUGUCGGCAAACCAAGUCUCCGUUGGCGCCGGAUGUCUCUUCGCCUUUGACCACGUCUUUGACGAGACGGCCUCGUCUGACGACGUCUACGUCGCACUGGGGCAGCCGCUGGCGGACUUCUUCUUGAGCGGCUUUCACGCGUCCACGAUCGCCUAUGGGCAAACCGGCGCUGGAAAGACGUUCACCAUGGACGCGCUGCUCAGCGACACCGUGCAGGAAAUCUUUUGCCGCCUCACAGAGGACGCGGAGACGGUGCAGAGCAGCGGAGACGUCAGCACGACCGUCUCCGUGACACUCAGCGUCCUGGAGGUGUACAACGAGUCCAUCGGCGACCUCCUCGCCGCAGCAACGUCGCAGCUCCCGAGGCCGCAGACGGCGUCGGUGGUGGGCGGCACCGUCUCACAAUCCGUAGCUGUUCCCGCCCCAAGACGGUCCUCUGGUCAGGCCUUAGGCACACGCCAAGAGCGGAAGCCAUCGCACCGACGCGCUUCUGCGCCAACUACCCCGUACCCCAGCAGCUCCCUCGCCCUACGCGAGGAUCCGCACGGCGGCGUGUACGUGGCGGGCCUCACCGAGGUGCAAGUGCACAGUGAAGCAGAGCUCUUCACGCUAAUUGACGGCGCCAUUGGGAAUCGGAAGACAGCCUCGACGCUAAUGAAUGCGACAAGCUCGCGAUCGCACUGCGUCGUCACGCUCACUUUGCAGCGACGUGGUUUGUGUUCGCGCUGCUGCUUUGUUGAUUUGGCUGGGAGCGAGCGCCUGAAGAAGUCUCUCGGACUUGCUGGCCCAUCCGACAGACCUGGUGGGCUAGCAUCCCCGGUCGAGGCGAGUCUGCUGCCGAGCAGCACUGUAGCCACGCGCAUGCGAGAGGGCAUCAACAUCAACAGUGGGCUGCUCGCUCUGGGCAACGUUAUCGUGGCACUAUGCGAGAAGAAACCCUACGUGCCGUACCGAUCCUCGAAGCUGACACGCCUGCUGCAGCCGAUGCUGGGCGGAAACGCUCGUACGGCAAUUGUCGCCUGCGUCUCUCAGCUCGCAUCGUCGCUGGAGGAGACGCUGAACACACUCAAGUACGCAGACCGCGCGAAGCGCAUCCCGAUCAAUCCGCACUUGGCCAUUGCGUCAGUGAAUACGCCCGUGGAUGCGAAGCAAACAAUUGAGGUGCUGCGGGAACAGCUGGAGGACGCACAGCGCCGCGUAGUGAUCGCCGCCGCCACUAGCGCGGGCCCGCGGAACGCUGCUGGAUCGCCUGAGAUGGGAACAUUGCCGUCACCUUCGACGGCCCUUGUGCGAGAAGUGGAGCACCUGCGCGAUCUCCUGCAGACGGAGCGCAGGGUGACGCAGAGGCUCGAAAACGACGUGUUUAAUGCGGAGUACACCGCCAUGAUCGAAGUGGAGAAGCGCAAGGCGUUGGAGGCGCGAGUUGCGCAGUUGGAGGCGACGAUUGCAGAUGUCCUGCAGGCAAAUUCAGAAAGGCCCAUCGGGGCCAGUGCUGACAGUGGCACUGAGCACCGGGCUGCUCUUGUGCGGAGCCCCCGCAGUGGCCUCACGAUGAACAUGGUGCAUUGCCCGCAACUAAAGGAGAAACGGGACACGGGUCGACUAGAGGCAGCCCUUGUGAUGGAUGGAGACUGCAGUGUUGACGACCUCGCCGCCACCUCAACUGCUAGCGCGGACGACGACCCCUUCGUGGUGCAGCUCAGAAAGGAAAAUGUGGCCAAGGAAGACCAAAUUACGCAGCUACAGGAGAACAAUGACGUCUCUGCUCAACUCGCGCAGUACGAGAGAGAGCUACAGCGCACCCUCAUCAACCAGACGCACCUGCGCGCAGAGCUGCGCAAGGCAGAGGCCAAGUUGGAGAAGUCCGAGAUGGCACGUGAGCAGAAGGAGCAGGAAAAGGAGAAGCUUCGCGCCGCCUACGAGGAGCGCCUCCGCCGCGCUGAGACAAGAACUGCGGACUACUGCCGCCGCGUCAAGGAAGCUGUACAGCAGAUGCGUGAGCGCCAGGAGGAUCUCGACAACACCCGCCAGCUGCGAGAGAAGGUGACAGAGCUGAGGGAGGAGGUGUCCCGGCAGCGGCUGCGUGCGCGCACGGCUCAGAAGGCAUCGUGGCAGCUCAACGCUGCCCACCAGCAGGAGGUUGCGCAAUUGCAGAAGCAGCUACAGUCGUCAACCUCACAGCUGACACUACUACAUCAACGCAUGGACCGCAAAGACACGGCAAUCGCGAAGGUGCGCAAACAGCUGGCGGAGCAGCAGGUGGAGCCCCAGCCCCCCCAGCAGCGGAUGCAUUCGCCUCUCUCUCUUCACCAGCCGCCUGAGAAAACAUCGUCUCUGACGCUGUCCUCCUCCAGAGCUACUCCCCCAUCGCCCGCACUCGGCGACACCCCGCCGCGCAUCAUCAAGGCUCGCAAGAACCCCCACAUGACAUCGCCUCCGCUGCACUUUCAUAUCGGUGGUCCCCACCGCAGCAUCAAUGUGAAGUUGAAGAGCUCACGCGACGGCGACGCGACCCAGUCAACCAUCAACUUCGAGCUGCAAGAGCUAGAGCGAAUGGAAAAGGAGUUGGCAGAGCUGCUGGAGUACCGCCGCAUCCUCCUAACCGCUCAAACAACUGAUGCCUCCAAGUGGAACAGUGCCAAGGAGGGUUUCAUACGGCGGCUCUCGCAAGUUCACGCUGCACUGCAGUCUAGUGAGCCGGGCCAGUCCGAGCACACAGCCCUUCUCAAGGAAAAGCACGAUGUGGAGGAAAUGCUUCGACAGCUGCAGGCGUUCCACCACAUGUUCGCUGAUGCCGAACAGCAACUGGCCGAAUUCGAUAACCGCAUCGAGAACCUCAACGAAGCACGCAAGUUCCACACACAGCGGGUUCGCCGACUGCAGCGUGCAGUGGCGAAGCCGCGUGGCGACAGUGGAGACAUGAUAGCGGAGGAGAAGCACCAGCCGUCUGUGCGGGACAUCCGCACGGCGUGUGCAAACUACACUGCCGAUGGUACGUCAGUCUCUCCUGCACCGGUAGUAUCGUCGAGAGGAAAGAUGGAAGACAUGCAGGUCUAA